ACAAAGUGGUUGAUGGAAAAUCUGCGGACUUGUAUUAAGGUUAUUAGAAUUCAUGAUGUUAUUAAAUCCGAAGCGAAAAAUAACGUGACGGCAAAACAUGAUAAUGAUACCAUCCAGAUUUUGAAAAGAAAAUUUGAUGAAAUCACUCAAACAAAACAAUCUCCAUUAAAAAUUGCAAAGAGAUAA